AGAAGGAAGAAGCGCCGUGAUGAUGAUGAUGAUGACAGAAACCGACGGUACCGGCAUAGGAGCCGCUCCUCUUUUCUCUGCACAUACCAAACCGGACUGGACCUUCACUGCAUAUUCAAAUAAAAACCUUCAGACCUCCAGAAUACGCAAUACACAUAGUGAAUACUCAUAGAUCCAGCAACUUUAAUGUCGGGCGUUAAUACACAGAUAAAUCAUAUGAUGGAGACGGAGAUCCACGUGCCGGUGGGGUCACCGGCGAUCAGAAAAUUCCCGAUCUUCGUGGACGAGCACAAUGUGACGCAGGGGGCGAUGAAGCUGAUCAAAGAGCUCAGACCGCGCUGGGACCCGAACCUGAUCCGGACUAAGCUUUUCACCGAUGGCACAACUAACAAACUGGUGGGGUGUUAUGUGGAGGACUGCCUCGAGGAUGUGGUGCUGGUAAGGGUGUACGGCAACAAGACAGAGCUGAUCGUGGACCGAGACAAUGAACUGAAGAGCUUCCAGGUUCUGCACGCCAACGGUUGCGCGCCCCGACUUUACUGCUCUUUCCAGAAUGGCAUCUGCUACGAGUUCAUGCAAGGACGUGCUCUGGAUACUCAAGACGUCAGGGACCCUGUGUUACUCAGACUGAUCGCGCGUGAAAUGGCCCGCAUUCACGCCAUCCACGCACACAACGGCUGCAUCCCCAAACCCAACCUGUGGAUCAAAAUGCACAAGUACUUCUCGCUGGUGGCCACUGAGUUCACAGACCAAGCAUCUAAUGUCAGAAUUCAGCAGGAAGUGCCCAGUCAGGAAGUUCUAGAACAGGAAAUGAUGUGGAUGAAGGAACAUCUGUCGCAGCUGGGUUCUCCUGUAGUGCUCUGUCACAAUGACCUGCUCUGCAAGAACAUCAUUCACAAUGCAAAGGAAGGUCAUGUUCGGUUUAUCGAUUAUGAAUACUCAAGUUACAACUACCAAGCAUUUGACAUUGGAAACCAUUUUAAUGAAUUUGCAGGCAUGAGUGAACCCGACUAUAACCUUUAUCCCAGUCGAGAAAUGCAGUUGGACUGGUUGCACACUUAUUUGCAGGCCUACAAGCUCUUUACCAAGAAAGGUGAAGAGGUGAGCCGGCGUGAACUGGAGACGCUCUACGUACAGGUCAACAAAUUUGCUCUGGCUUCACAUUUCUUCUGGGGUUUCUGGGCCUUGAUCCAAGCCAAGUACUCCACCAUCGAGUUUGACUUCCUCGGGUAUGCCGUGCUACGUUUCAAUCAGUACUUCAAGACCAAACCUGCUGUAAUGGCCCUGGAGAUCCCCAAAUGAGACGUCAAGAUUGAGAGGACAGUGCUGGUAUCUGUUGACCUCAUCGUUGACCGUUUGACUAUGGAAUCAGAGGCCUUUUUAGUCAGGGAAGGGUAUGGGGUGCAGCAGGGGUAAGCACUGGGAGCUCUUAUGAUUGGUUGACAACUUGUCUGCCAAGUCGUAGUUCCACAAAUUCUUGAUUCC